CUCUCUCUCUCCCUUUCUCUUUAUCUCUCGCGCGCGCACGUCUUGCCAAGUAUAACCAUUAUAAACGGACGGACGAACGGACAGAUGAACGGGGCACGUUUUUCGGUGUCGCGCGCCUGCACACGGUGUUGUUACGACCGUCCAUAAGCAUUUCUUAUUGGUCGGAACGUUAGGACCAAUCGUAAGGCUUUGUUAAUCGGUGCGCGCCAACGACGGUCGCGCCGCCUCGCGGUACACUGUCGAACUAAUCGCGAGAAGAAAUUAUCAAAGAUUAAAGCGUGAAAAUAGACUGAGUUUUAUCUACACUCUUCCUUUUUUUCUUUUGUUAAAAUAUUGCGUAUCAUAGUUUUGCAAUUCCAUCGACUCUUCUCACUAAGAAUUUUACAUAACUGAGGAAAUACAACAUACACGUUUCAUCAGAUGUGAGUUAUUACAUUUUCAUAGUGGAUAGAAAUCGUACUCGUUUGUCGUUGAAAAAGAAGAUCGUUGAAUCAAGCUCGUAACUUUUCCGAUUUUCGUUUCGUUGGUCGUCAUCAAAUCGAUAAUGUUAUCGGAAGCUGUACCGUUUUGUUCAAAGUAUUGGUAUCAUAUCGUUAUCUUUUUUGUGUGCUUUUGUUAUUUCUACGGAGAUAUACAUCGUCAAAUUAAACGAAGAAUUUCGCCGAUUUUUACAAAGGUUUUUAAAUAUCCAGAUGGUAUCAGAACGGAUCAGAACGAAGCAUUAGACGAGGUGACGGAUAUUAUAGAUAAUGACGAAGAGGAAUUCAUGGAGUCUGCUUUACCGAAAGAUUUAAAACACGUACCUUAUCAGUAUGUUAAACCAAACGAGAAGGAAUUGUUAAGACGAGCGAAUAAAUUUUUUGAAAUAACAAAUGCGAGAAGAACGAUAAGAUAUUUUGACGAAGAAAAUGUUCCGAAAGAAGUAAUACGUUAUAUUAUUAAAGCUGCAGGCACUGCUCCCAGUGGUGCUCAUACAGAACCAUGGAGUUUCGUAGCUGUAUCGAAUAAAACAAUGAAAAGUCGUAUUCGUGAGAUCGUUGAAAGAGAGGAAGAAAUUAAUUAUAAAAAAAGAAUGGGAAAAAAAUGGACGUCGGAUCUACGUCCAUUGAGGACUAACUGGAUCAAGGAAUAUCUCACGACCGCGCCAUAUUUGAUUCUAGUUUUUAAACAGGUUUACGGCAUCUUACCGAAUGGAAAAAGAAAGGUUCAUUAUUAUAAUGAAACGAGCGUGUCCAUUGCCUGUGGUAUUCUUUUAACUGCCAUCGAGUACACCGGUCUGGUCACUUUAACUUCUACACCUUUAAAUUGUGGCCCAGCGAUACGUACUCUACUUGGACGUCCCUCCAACGAAAAGUUGCUUUUAUUAUUACCGGUUGGUUAUCCUGCAAAGGAUGCUACCGUUCCUGAUCUUCAACGCAAAUCAUUAUCGGAAAUCUUAACAGAAAUCGAAUAACAUUGGUUGCCCGUUUUGUAACCUUUUCAAUAAAAUUAUUAUCAAUCUGUCA